AUGAGGGAAUUCAAUGAUUUUAUUGAUGCGGUGGGUAUGAUUGAAACAAAGUUUGAAGGAAAUAAAAUGUCGUGGUGUAAUGGGCAGCAAGGAAGAGCUCGUAGCUGGGCAAGACUGGACCGUUCUUUCAUUAACUCUAAACUAAUGCUGGAAUUUCCAGGUUUGGGGAUGACCUAUUUGCUUAGACAAAACUCAGACCAUUCCCCACUAGUGGUGGCCAUGGAGAAAAAUGAUAAACCGUAUGGGUUCAGCCCCUUCAAAUUCCAGAAUAUGUGGACCUCUCAUGAGCUAUUCCAUGACUGUGUGCGAGGUGUUUGGCGUAAGGAUCAGGUCGGACAAGGAAUGGCUGGGUUGGCAAAUAAAUUAAAGGCUGUUAAAGGGGUGCUGAGAAGGUGGAACAAAGAGGUUUUUGGUUGGACUAAUUCUCAUAUUCAGGGGCUUGAGGAACGGAUAUAUGGCCUGGAAGAAAAACUUCAAAUGGGAUUUUCUGAAGAUGUUGAACUGGACCUGUUAGCAUCGAAGGCUGAGCUGCAUACAUGGGAGAGUAGGGAGGAAACGAGGCUCGCCCAACAAGCCAAGCAAAGAUGGCUUGAGAAGGGGGAGGGUAAUGCCCAAUUCUUCCGUGCUCUGUCUUCUAGAACCCAUAGGGUGGUAAGGGAGAUGGAAAUAGGUGAUAACAGAUGGUUGAGGUCCCCUGAAGAGGUUCAUGAGGGUGCUGUUGAUUUUUUCAAGAAUUUUCUGGCUGAAUCCCAUUUAAGUCCUGCUCCUGAUUUGACUAGUUUAGUUGAACCUGUGGUGAGUCCAGCGGAAAAUCUGAAUAUUCUGGAGCUUCCUUCAAUCCAAGAGAUAAAAGAUGUCGUCUUCUCCAUCCCCAUUGAAAGUAGUUCGGGGCCAGAUGGUUUUGGCUCAGGAUUCUUUAAAGCCUGUUGGGAGAUCCUUGCUGAAAAUGUUGUCGCUGCUGUCCAUGAAAUCUUUAGAGGUAAUCCAAUCCCAAAAUAUUUCUGUUCUUCUUUUUUGGUGUUGAUUCCAAAGAUCAAAAAUCCAAAAAGCUUGACAAGUUUCGCCCCAUAA